CACGACUGACGAUCUCUCGCCCAGCUCAAUUGCUUAGUAUAUGCUUAGCAGGCGUUCAAGAUGGGUCAAGUUGAACUCAUUCUCGGUCCAGUCGUAGUGUCUGUCACUACCAACGUGUUUCUAUACGGGAUCUGCGUUAUCCAGUGGUCAGCAUAUUAUUCAACAACGUUUAAAGACAGAAAGGCUAUCCAAGUUCUAGUAGCGUGGGUGAUGCUGUUGGACACCUUUCACACUGCAGCAUCGGUCUACAUGCUGUGGGACUAUGUUGUCACAAACUUCAAUAAUCCGGCAUUCCUGAGCGCGGCCCCUUGGCCAUUCCCUUCUACUCCGAUCGUUACCGCUUUUGCAUCUGUUCCAAUUCAAAUUUUCCUUGCCUGGCGCAUCAAGCAAUUCUCCAACUCUUGGUGGUUGUUCGGGAUGAUCGUCAUAUUCUCCUUCGCGCAGGGCGCCACGGGCUGCGCGAGCGCGAUCGGUGCACUGUUGAACCCGAAUAUCGAUGCGUUUGCGACGCUCAUACCUAUCGUCGAUAGCUGGCUUUCUCUGGCGGUGUUCACUGACUUCAGCAUCACCGGACUCCUGCUCUGGUACUUGAAUAAAAGUCGCACCGGGUUUCGCAGGACGGACGGUGUGAUCUCGCGACUAAUUCGCAAUGCUGUUCAAACCGCCUUGUUCGCUAGUUUCUUCUGUAUCAUGGACCUCAUAACAUUCACAACCCUCCAGAGGACAAACUUCCAUCUCAUAUUUGCUCUCCCCAUGGGCCGCAUCUAUACCAAUACAUUGAUGUCUACUCUGAACUCUCGCGCCCUCCUCCGCGAUCAGCUUGGAACGACGGAGACCUCGUUCAAUGUGACCACUGCCCGUUUCGACAACCGUCAGUUUAACACGGCCCCUCCGACACAAGUAAACGUCACUGUCGGACAAGAUAUUGCAUUGGAAUCUUACACGGACACUGACAAUUCAAAAAUAAACUCAGGGGACACGGCGAGCGCAUAUGGUGAUCCUGAAAGAGGUGAGGUCAAACACGCUGUUCUUUGAUAGGCGUGCAACGCGCCAUUGUACUUGUGCGCAAUCGCACAUAAACGUUGACUAGCUUCUCGGAGACUAGACGAUGGUAGAUACCCUGUUACAUUGGUGACUACACAUAUCACGAAAUUUGCAUGAUC